AUCCAAGAGUAGUCAGACGAUUUGUAGAGCAGCUAAUCCGGUUUGCUGGAUAGUUUUAUCGAAAAGUUAAUCUUCUACGCAGUAUGCUUCUGCUCAGCCUUUGCAGCUAACGCAAGGACUCAUAUUGUACAACAACAACAAAAGCGUGAGCUCGGAUUGAAAAAAGACAAAGUCAUCAUAAAGGGCAUAUUGCCUCAUUUUGAGAAAAAAGGAGCUGCACCGUCAUGUUGCGACAUGUCUCUUUAUCAUCAGCAGCACUGUGGUUCUGCCAGCUGCAAAUACUCUGCCAUCAGCUUGUGCUUACGUCGGCGUCACAGCCCUCGCUGGGUGUUCACAUCGUGCGCUCACCCGAAUCCGCGGUGGCGCCAAAGGGCGAUGAGGUUGUUUUCGAGUGUGAAUUGAAUUUGCUUUGGGAGCGUUUGGAGUGGCGCUUCCGUCACACAAGCACUCGCGCAACAGAUGCCAUGAACUACAGUUAUUUACGCGCUGAGGAUGGUCACAAUAUCACCAAUGAUGAUCUCACGUCACGUCUGCGUGUUUUCGUCUCACCCGAAACUUUGGGCGACUAUCAGUGCGUUGCCUGGUUCGGUUCAGCCGCCAUCGCUUCGACGCCUGCGCGCUUGACACUCGUCUCCAUCAGCAUCGAUAACUCCAACGGCUACAGUCGCAAUGCCAUACGCUGGAGCGUCGCGCCUAAGAACUGCAUACUAAUACGCUGCGGCACAGUCAGCUCGAAUCCACCCGCUGUGUGGAGUUUUUUUCGCAACGGCGAGAAAGUGCCGCAGACCGAGGUGCUCCCGUCAGCAAACGGCGCCCUUAUACUUAACUCCGUGUCCUCGAAGGAUUCCGGUAAUUAUACCUGCUCCGCGAUGAACGCCAUCACAGGUGUCGAAGUGAGGCUGCCGCAACGCAUCGAUUUGCGAGUCGACUACACCGAUCGCACGCCGCCAUACUUUCUCAAUCCACCGCCGGCGCAGGUGACCGCGCGUCCUGGAGAAACAGCGGUUUUAGAAUGUCCAGGUGUGGGAUCACCUUCGCCGGAAGCAGUUUGGAGCAGCCCUAAUGUAAUCAACAUCUACAAUAACCGCACAAAGGUGCUGCCUUACGGUCUACAGAUAUCCGAUGUGCUGCCAGAGGAUCAGGGCUCCUAUGUAUGCCGGCUGGACAAUGGUAUUGCGCCUGCGCUGGUGCAGAUAAUAAAAUUUAUUGUUUUGGAGGCACCGCAAAUCUUGCGUGGCCCAGCAACGACGCUCACAAACGAAGGCGAACAGCUGGAGCUAGAGUGUUCGGCGGCAGGCAAUCCCUUCCCCCAGAUUUAUUGGCUGAUCAACGGCGAAGACACUUCGUUGGACAACGAAACGUUCCACGAAGACCGCAGAUUGGUCAUACGACAUGUGCAAAAGCGGCACGCGGGCAUCGUGCAGUGCUUCUCGAAAAACGAAGUGGGCGAGGCAAGCGAGGGAAGUCUGCUGCAAGUAAAUCCGAAACAAAUACAAGGCGAGGGUUCAGCUCCACUGGGCAAUGUGCCAAUUCGGACGUCUUACGAGCAUACAGGCAACAAGAAUAAGGGCAAGCGGAAGCAUAUGAAAAUGCCCAACAUGAUUCCGCCUUCGCGCCCGAACGUCACGCGCCUGGCCGACGACUCGGUGAUGCUACGGUGGUACGUGCCGAAGAACGAGGGUCUACCCAUACAAUUCUUUAAGGUACAGUACCGUAUGCUCGGCGAUCCGAGCCGCCAAAUACCGCGCGAAAACUGGCAGACCACGAACGAAGACAUCCCAUAUGGCAAGCGGGACCGCGGUUUCGAAGGCGUGAAGAACUUCACUUCUUCGGUGGCGGGCUUGAAGCCGGAUCGCUUCUACCGCUUUCGCAUAAUCGCCGUCUACUCGAACAACGACAACAAGGAAGGAAACACCUCAGCGAAGUUCUUCCUGCAGAGCAGUGAAACCCUCGGGCCAACAAAGGCCACGUUGCCCGCACCAGAGCUGGCGCGUGUGGAGCCACUCUCCGAGACCGCGGUGAUGCUGCAUUGGACGCUGCCUGCGAAUCCCAUGAACGUACCCGACGGCUACUACGCGUACUACCGACUUGCCUCCUCGGCAGGUGAGUACCUCAAAGCGACGGUGGAUGGGCAGCACACGCGCAAGUUUAAGAUCGACAUGCUGGAACCGGGCACGGCAUAUGAAUUCAAACUGCAGUCCUUUAAUGCGCUGGCGGCAUCCGAGUUCAGCGCCAUACUGCAGGGCAAAACGAAGAAACCAGCCAAUACCGACGCGCCCUCAACGCUAGCGCCCAUACCACCGCCAAAAGCCAAGGAAACAAAGAAUUCUAAAUAUCCGGUAGUGGCGGGUAUUGCUGGCUUCGGCAUCCUCCUAAUUGUCGCCAUCGUAGCCGCAUUCCUGUGCAUGAAGCGCCGUAGGCCCGCGCAACCGGAGGAUGAGGACAAACCGCAGCUGGACCACAUACAGGCCGAUUUCGUGACGCCCUCAGUGCUGGGUGUGGCGGCGCAUCAUAAAUCCGGCCAUCGCCUGAACGGCGUCAUACCGCGCAUGAACAUUACACCAAAUCCGCUGGCGCAGGAAGCCGACAAGAAUCGCAACGUGAUGGAGCUGCGCUUCCUACCCACCGGCAACAGCAACAGCAACCCACCAACACAAACACAGCAACUCGGCAGCUCCAACCACUCAGCCAGUGCCAGUAAUUUGAACACAGCCCACCCGCAUACCAACAGCAGCCAUAGUCUCCAUAAGCAACCAGCCGCCGCCGCCGCCGCCGCCUGCCAUGUCGGCGACGACGUUGAUUCGCAUAUACCACCGCCGCGCUCUUCCUCCUCCUGUGAAACGCUGGAGGCCAGUGAGGGAAUUUCCAAUGCCAUCGAUCCGAGCUCGCCACUCUCCAAGCCACUACCGCCGUUGCCCAACUACAAGCCUCACGGACAACAACAGCACCAACAGCAGCCGCAUACAACCCCACCGAAAAUGACACAAAACAAAGCACAAGUAAGCGCCGCUACAACAGCGACUACAGCAACAGCACCAGCCGUAGCUGGCACGCCAAACGCAUUCUACAACAACAACACGAACGCAAUGCAUUUGCAUACAAAAUCGAAUUCGUCUCAUUCAUCCUCAGCCUCAUCAUUUCAUUCUUUGCAUAAUUCACAGGCACACCUGGGCUCACAUCAAGGUCUGCACCACGCGCAGCCAUACCACCCGCCGCCUCCGGGCACGCCAACGCUGAUGCACAAGCGUGGCGAUUAUUUGCCGCAUCAUCAUCAUGUGAGCGCUGGCCAACAUCCGCCGCCGGUGCCGCCACAUCAGAACAAUAACCACAGCAACCACCAUAAUGCACAUCAUCUCUACCAGCAGCAUCAGCAGCAACACGCGCAGUCGCAAUCGCCGCUAACGCCGUCAUUGGAGCAGCCGCGCACGCUGGAACGCAGCGCGCGCAAUCUGCACUACACAGCAACCGCGAUGCCGGCGAAUGUGACGCAGCAAUCACCGCACGAUGCCGCCAUGAAUAUCGAUGGCCUGCCGACGCGCAUACCAUCGUUACGCCGCACGCGACGUACCUCUGGCAGCGCCAAUAACAACAAUGGUGGCGUGGGCAUACCCAUCGUGCCGGGCAGUCCGCGGGUGCAGCGUUCACCGAUGCCGGCGCGCGCCAUGAUGAAGCGCGGGCGGCUGGGCAGUCACAACGACAACAUGUCCUCGGGCAGUUUGAACAGUAUUGAGGUGUGAGUGAGAUGUGGUAAGGGGGAGGGUGAAAUAAAGGGGAAGAAAGAUGAUAAGGGGUAAGCGGGAAAAGGGGUUACAGAGCCUUCGAAUAAUUAAUAUUAACACUUAGUAUAAUAGGUUAGGUUAAAAAUAGGCAACGUAGAAAGAGAGACAUAGUUUUAGGAUGUGGUAAAAUACUUCAUAGGCAUUUUUAGAAGAUUUCAAAUAAGGGCAUUUAGCAUUAGGGAACUCAAUUGGUGGAUUGAGCCAAAGAACGUAGAUAUUAAGAAGGGACAACUCGUAGUGUAGCGAAAGUGAGCAACAGGGGCGUACCUUCUCUUUUGCCAUGGUAAGUUUUUUGAUUGGAGGAAAAGCCUAAGCACGCCCCUGUUACUCCCUCUCGCUACAAUUAUAACGAGCUGUCCCUUCUUAUUAUCUACGUUCUUUGAUUGAGCGCAAUUUUUCGCAAAUAAGAUGGCAAGCUGAGAUGAAAUAUGUUGUGGAAAAUGAUUUAUUGCGGAUUUUAAGUUAAGUUGCUUAAGGAAAGCUUAAGGUUCAGCCAGAAUAAAUUUUCUUAAAUUUUAAAACCCUAGAUUCGUAUGCUCGAUAGAGUAAACUUGUAAAUAUUCAAAAUUUAUGUAGUAUUAAAAGUACGUUUCUAAAAUUUAGAAAAAUUACAUUUAAGCUGCUCGAAUAUAAAACUAUAUAACUCGAAUAUUUAAAAAAACUGAAAGUUAGUAUAAUUUUUGCAUACUCCCAGCCAGGGUGCCGUUACUUAUAUAGUGCCUUGUUUUGUAAACACACAGCAAACGGUAAAGCUGUUCCCAAAUCACAUAAAGACUUAACUGAAUUAAUUUUAAUUAUAUUUGUAGGUUAUAGUUGCCAACUCGAAAUGACAUUCACUACACUAGCAAUGUAUGUAUGUAUGUAUGUACUAUGUUUGUUUGACUAACUCAAAUAAUCAAAUAGUUUAAUAUAAAAUCCGUCCUAAAAGAAGAGCAAGAAAAAAAUAAAAAAAUGAAUUUUCACAAAAUUGUAUGACUGAAAAAAUGUUUAUAAAGAAAAGCUCUAUUACUUGAUGAGACGACUUUGAAAGCUCCAACGUUUGUUGCCUGAAGGUAUUCCGCAUUAAAAGCGUAGUUCGAAAUACAAAUUUUGAAGUUGUAAAAAUUAACUUACAGUCGAACACAUUAGCAGCAUUUUUGAAUUAGAAUCUAUUUUUCGAACAUCUAAUGCAUAUCGUUUAACUCUUCAAAAAGUUUUUUUU